CCGAAAAUAAAAUUUCCCGGAAAUCAUUUCCGAAAUGCCAACGUCCACCUUCGAGUUCUCAAAUUGUUUAUGAUUUGUUUGAGACAGAGCUGUUUAUGACAUUUUAUGGUUAAAGAUGGAAAGUCCUCGACAUUCUGAUGAUGAACAGGAAGUGGUGCCCUUUCGCAACUCAAGUUCAUCCACUGCAGUACCUGAGAGUGACAAUGUGUUGAAAAGCAGUCUGUCAGCAAAUUCAUCAAUACCACAUAUAGACUCACUCCGAUUAUCUGAUACCGGACAUUCUGAUGAUGAAGAGGAAGUGGUGCCCAUUCAGAGAUCAGCUUCGUCCACUGCAGUACCUGAGAGUGACAGUGUGUUGAGAAGCAGUAUGUCGGCAGAUUCAUCAAUACCACAUAUAGACUCACUUCGAUUAUCUGAUACCAGAUUAGAUGUUAGCGAGGAUUGCGAACCUGAAUUUGAAGAGAACCCGAUACCAGAGAGACGAAUAAAUCUAGAGACUUCCAGACCAGAGGCACUACAUCUAGAGAGAGAGAAUCUGGAAAAACUUAAUCAAGAGACAGAAUGUCUAUUGAGAAAGAAUCUGGACAUGCUGGGUCCAGACGCACUACAUCUAGAGAGAGAGAAUAUGGAGAAACUUGAACAAGAGACAGAAUGUCUAGUGAGAGAGAAUCUGGACCUACUGGGUCCAGAGAGCCUAGAAAGUCUGAUUCUAGAGAGAGAGAAUCCGAAGAAACAGAAUCCGAAGACAGAGAAUCAAGGGAUGCACAGUUUACACAGACUGGAUCAGGAGAUACAGUUCCCAGAGGAUUGGGGUCUACAGAGAGAGAAUCCAAAGAGAGAGAUUCUAGAGAGACAUAUUCUAGAGAUAGAGAAUCUAGAGAGAGAGAAUCUAGAGAGAGAGAAUCCAGAGAUACCAGGUCUUGAGAGACGAAGUCGACACACACACACACUAGAAGGAGCGAUGUCACUUCCCCCAAAGCUGACUGGAAGGAUAAAACCAAUGAAGGUUGCCUUUAAAGCCUCUCCCUUUGCUGAGGCAGCGUCGGCAUCAGAAGAUGAGGAAGAAGGAAUUGAGGAAGAAGCCGUUUUUUAUCCGGGAUUUGCUCUGAAAGUGGCCGGCACCAUAAUGUCGCAAGUUUGCGGCAUGUUCCACAACCAAACCCUCUGUGACCUCGUUGUCAAGGUCGAAGAAGAAGAGUUCAAGUGUCACAAGGUCAUCAUGGCUGCCAUGUCUGGCUUUUUCCGCUCCCUGCUCAUGUCGGAGAUGAAGGAAACCACGGAUGGGUCCGUCACCUUGGAAACCAUAUCUGCAAAGACCUUCUCAAAGGUACUGCGAGUAAUUUACGAGGGAAAGAAUGUCGUGACGUCUGGCUCGGUACAGAACCUGCUGAAGGCGUCUGUGUAUCUGCAAGUGAAGAUCCUGGAGGAUCUGUGUGUGAACUUCCUGCAUGACGACCUGGAUGUUAACAAUGCCGUGGGCAUUUGGAGAAUUGCCCAGAUGUACGAGCUGCGUCCACUGAUAAGGAAAGCCUGGCAGAUGAUCAUCAGACAUUUCGACCAAGUCAGCCGCACGGACGAAAUCUUCACUCUCCAGAAAGAGGAGUUAAUUCUGAUUCUCACAGACAGUCAGCUGAACGUCCCUUCUGAGGAUGUCAUCUGCGAUACCGUUCUCCAGUGGGUGAAGCACGACCUUGGUGCACGGGAACCCGACUUGACCAUCCUCCUCGACUUCAUCUGCCUGCCGAACGUCAGCGGUCCUUACCUCUGCGACACGCUCCUUAAUGAUGAUCUGAUGACUACAAACAAAAGAUUUGCCGAGCUGGUCAAGGAGGCGUUGUGCUACCACCUGAAGGAGGGACAGAGAGAGGCGAUAAUGGCGCGGCAGAGAACUCUACGUGAUAAAGCAAGCAUCAAUGCAGUCGUUGUCCUGAUCGGGGGCUAUGUCAUACAGAACCAGACUCUGACGUCGAUGGUCUGCUAUGAUCUCCGAGGGCAGCAGUGGUACUCGAUUGCGUCCAUUCCCCAUGACCCCGGCGUGGACUUCGCAACGUGCUACCUGAACAAUGAGCUGUACGUCAGCGGAGGGUCGCGUAGCAUGGAUAAGUUCGUCAAGUUCAGCCCAGUCGAGAACCAGUGGUACCUGCAGCCUUCUCUGAUGACCGGUCGCGAGUGUCACGCAAUGGCAGCUGUCGAUAAUAUCUUGUACAUCUUGGGAGGAAGCUGCUCUGCGUCAAAAAAAAAAGGAUCGAAACGACCCACCGAGAUCGAAGGUUACGACACCAAGACUGGCAGGUGGUUCCACGCAGGCCACUUGCAGGUUCCUGUUGAAUCGCUCUCGGCAUCUGUCGUCGAGGAAACCAUUUACACCUUUGGCGGCAUCGGCGAUGGAAACAUGCCGUCUUCGAGCAUUCAGAGUUUUGACACGGUCUCUGGAACAUGUUCCCUCUAUGGCAGCCUGCCUCACCCCGUGGAUCACACGAUGGCCUUGACCUUGCAGUCGGUAGUCUACAUCGUCUGUCCGAAAGGUCAGGUGCUGCAGUUUUCUGCAGAGGAAAAGCAAGUAAAGCAGAUCGUCCAGAUACAUAAUAUGGACAGGAUUGGGUUUGGGGUGUACACCCACGAACAGAAGCUGAUGAUCAUUGGAGGGGAAGGCCCAGAUGGGACCCUCUUCGAUCAGAUUGUCGUUGUUGAUCUCAUAAAGAAGAAGACGGCGAAGAACCUCUUGGAACCUCUUCCAAUUCCAAUGGCCAUGUUUCGCAUGGAGACCGUCAAGAUGCCAAAGCGUCUGCUCAUCCAACGAGGAUUCAAUAUCUUUCAGCAGGGUGCAGGCCUGCAGUUCGACUUGGAGGAGGAUAUUUGAGGGAUUAGAAACAAUGGAGGAUCUUCAGGAUAAGAGGCUGGGGAUGAGAAGUCUUUACGGUCUCACUAUACAGGUGUCAUCUGCCAUUGAAAUCCUUGUUAGAUUGCCCAUGUUGAGAUGAAGAUUGAUAAUAGAACAGAUUCUUGUUGGCACUAUGUACAGCAUAUACCACUGUGAACCAUUUAUAUUGACUUCAAAAUUGAUAACAUUUACGUUUCCGUUUUUUGCUAUAUGAAAGUAUCUGGCUAUAGUACCAGUCCGAACAGGUGGUGCAGGAACCGAUUCACACCAGCCACUUGUUCCACUGUAGACCCAUGUCUCAAAACGUCGGUCCACAAUAUUGCAAAAUACGAUGGGCAAGCUCCAGCCAGAGGGUUUACCCUUUUAAAAAUACGUAUAAUUUUAAUUCUACCCCAAUUACUAGCAGUGAAUAUGUGAACCACAACAUGUUACAAUUAGGAACUAUAGUGGACCAUCAAGGGCGUAGGAAGGUAUAUAUGCAAAAACCACCGCUGCUGCUAAAAAGUGUGGGGGGGGGGGGGGGGGGGCACAUGCCAUCCUUUACCCACCCACACCCCACCCCCAUCCCCCGCUUCCUACGCCAAUGACCAUGAUGAAAGAACUCUCACUCGGAAGUGACCUAAAACGGGAACUGAAUCCAUAACAGCCGUUGCCUCUGUGGAAGGUACUUUUAAUAAUAAUAGGGGCCUAAUAAUAAUAACAAUAAUAAUAAUAAUAAUCUAAAGCAACCCAGUGUGAACUCGAGAAAAGAAAAGAAAAUGUUAGUACAUUAUGAAGAUGAUUGGGAAAAGGGCGACAUCGCUAAGGGGUGGAGUGGGGGAGGAACCGGACCCAAUGUCGCCCCCACCCCGCCUUUAAAUCCGCAACUGAGAAACUAGUGUUGGGGAUCGUUUUUGAACUACAUCAUAAAUCAUCGGUUAUAAUCAACUAUCAAGUAUGCAAUCAAUUGGAAUCAAUGAGGGUUUGAAGACAAGUGUACGAGACACAGGGCGGGGGGGGGGGGGGGGGGGGGGGGGGGGGG